UACCCAAGUGAGCUAAAAAAGCAAGUUCAGUGGACAGUGUUGACAGAACCACCACAGAAAUGGGUUCCAAGACACUGUUUUUCUUCAUCUUCCUUUCCUUUGUGGCCGUUUCUUUCAGAUAUGCUUCUGCUCAGUUUGAGGAAGACAAUGGUCUUGUUAUGAACUUUUACAAAGAUACAUGUCCUCAAGCUGAAGAUAUCAUUAAAGAACAAGUUAGGCUUCUCUACAAGCGCCACAAGAACACUGCAUUCUCUUGGCUAAGAAACAUCUUCCAUGACUGUGGUGUUCAAUCCUGUGAUGCAUCUCUGCUCUUGGAUUCAACAAGAAGGACCUUGUCCGAGAAGGAAACAGACAGAAGCUUUGGACUUAGGAAUUUCAGGUAUAUUGAGACCAUUAAAGAGGCAGUGGAAAGGGAGUGCCCUGGAGUUGUGUCCUGUGCAGAUAUCCUUGUUUUGUCCGCCAGAGAUGGCAUUGUUUCUCUUGGAGGGCCUUACAUCCCACUAAAAACAGGCAGAAGAGAUGGAAGGAAAAGCAGAGCUGAUAUUUUGGAAGAGUAUCUUCCAGACCACAAUGAAAGCAUGUCUGUUGUCCUUGAAAGAUUUGCAGCCAUGGGUAUUGAUACCCCUGGAGUGGUUGCUUUAUUAGGAGCUCAUAGUGUUGGUAGAACACACUGUGUGAAGCUGGUCCACCGGCUCUACCCACAGGUAGACCCUGUGCUGAACCCUAGCCAUGUAGAACACAUGUUGUACAAGUGUCCUGAUGAGAUCCCAGAUCCCAAGGCUGUUCAGUACGUGAGAAAUGAUCGUGGUACACCUAUGAUUCUGGACAACAACUACUACAGAAACAUACUUGACAACAAAGGGUUGCUGAUAGUGGAUCAUCACCUAGCUACAGACAAGAGAACAAAGCCAUAUGUCAAGAAAAUGGCCAAAAAGCAAGACUAUUUCUUCAAGGAAUUCUCAAGAGCCAUUACCAUCCUUUCCGAGAACAAUCCUCUAACUGGCACAAAGGGUGAGAUCAGGAAGCAGUGCAAUGUUGCCAACAAGCUGCACUGAGUUAUGGCAAGCUUGCUCAAGAUGAUCCAUGUCUGUCUCUCUCUGGUUAAGGGAGAUGGGGGAGUGAGUUUUGGCUGAAUAAUUAAGAUUGUGGUUUAUCCAUCUGUUGUAAGGUAAAAUUAAAGUGGGUGUGUUUGAUGCAGGCUGUACUGGUCACUGCUGCUUCUGUUUGCUCUUUAGGAUUAUGCUAAGUUGUGCUUGUUGUGAGCUUUGUGUUGGUAAAGGGGAAUGUAGGGAUGGAUGUUGUAUGUAUAUAUGUAUGUGUGGAUGAAUGGUGGAGAGAUGGUGUAUGAUGAUGCAUUGACCAUAUUGAUGCCUGGUUAUUCAGGAUCCAUGGGAAUGUUGUACUUGAGUUAUCUUCUUGUAGUAAUAAAAGCUGCACAAUGGCAAGA